UAUUGGAGGGAGUCAACAGGCGGUGAGUGUGAAACACUGCAGGGCGUGCGGCUCACUUAGUGGACUGGCGAGCCGGCUUGUAGGAGGCCGCUCCGCCAGGGUCUGCACUGCAGGGCGUGCGGCUCACUUAUUGGACUGGCGAGCCGGCUUGUAGGAGCCCGCUCAGCCAGGGUCUGCACUGCAGGGCGAGCGGCUCACUUAGUGGACUGGCGAGCCGGCUUGUAGGAGCCCGCUCAGCCAGGGUUUGCACUGCAGGGCGUGAGGCUCACUUAGUGGACUGGCGAGCCGGCUUGUAGGAGGCGGCUCCGCCAGGUCUCGCUGCGGGCGCGGACCUCAGGAGCCUAAGGAUUCGUGGCUGCCGAGGCGGUGGUGGCGGCGGCGCCGUGGGAAGGGAGCGACUCGACGCGUUCAGCUUCAGGGAACUCACGAGGGCAGCUGAGCGGCCGCCACAGCACACGGGGACCCCUCGACGGCGACUCGCGGGGGACCCCAGGAGGAGCCCAGGAGGAGCCGGAGUCGCCACUCGCGCGGCAGCUGGAGGUGAAUUGGAGCCCCACGGAGCUCCCCGCCAGCACCGCUUCCCUCUCGCCCGCUCCUGGGUCCCAACCGGUUCCACGUGCAGCCCCACGAGCCGGUGUGCAGGACUAGAUGCGCCAUGCCCAAGACGUACGAGUUCAAGUGGCAGAAGGAGCUCCCCCACUUCCUGCAGCAGGGAGCCGUGUUCGACCGCUACGACGAGGAAUCCGGCAGCGUGGAGCUGAGCUGCCUCUUCCAGGUGGACGAGUUCGGCUUCUUCCUGCGCUGGAAGAGUGAAGGAAAGGAGGGGCAGGUGCUUGAAAUCUCCCUCAUCAGCAACGUUCGCUAUGGAGCCGUGCCCAAGGACCCGAAGCUGCUCUCCGCCCUGGAGGCGGCGGGUGCGGCGGUGGCCGCGGCUGGCCACCCCGAGGUGGAGCUGGAGGGCCGCAUCCUCUGCAUCUGCAGCGGCGCCGACUUCGUCAACCUGAGCAACAUGUACCUGGUGGCGGAGAGCGCCGACACGGCCAAGAAAUGGCUCGAGAGCCUGAAGUCGAUCAUCCACAACUUCCGUGCCAACAACGUCUCGCCCAUGACCUGCCUCCGCAAGCACUGGAUGAAGCUCUGCUUCCUAAUGAACCCCAGUGGUCACAUCCCCGUGAGAAGCAUCACGAGGACGUUUGCAUCUGGGAAGACGGAGAAGGUGAUCUUCCAGGCUCUGAAGGAGCUGGGCCUGCCCAGUGGCAAGAACGAGGAGCUGGAGCUGGCAUCGUUCACCUUUGAGAAGUUCUACGAGCUCUACCACAAGAUCUGCCCACGCACAGAGAUCGAGGAGCUCUUCAGGAAGCUCAACGGAGGAGAGACGGAUUACUUAACUGUAGAGCAGAUAGUCGCCUUCCUCAACGAACACCAGCGCGACCCCCGGCUCAACGAGAUCCUCUACCCGUUCUACGACGCACGCCAGGCGCAGCAGCUCAUCGACGUGCACGAACCCGAGGCUCAGCUCCGUGACCAGGGGCGGCUGUCGUACGACGGGCUGUGCCGCUACCUCAUGUGCGAUGACAACGCGCCCGUCUUCCUCGACCGCCUGGAGCUCUACCAGGACAUGGAGCAGCCGCUGUCGCACUACUACAUCAACUCCUCGCACAACACCUACCUCGUGGGCCGCCAGUUCGGGGGCAAGUCCUCGGUGGAGAUGUACCGUCAGGUGCUGCUGGCCGGCUGCAGGUGCGUGGAGCUGGACUGCUGGGAUGGGAAGGGAGAGGACCAGGAGCCAAUCAUCACGCACGGCAAAGCCAUGUGCACCGACAUCCUCUUCAAGGAGGUGAUCCAGGCCAUCAAGGAGACGGCGUUCGUAACGUCCAUCUACCCGGUUAUCCUGUCCUUCGAGAACCACUGCAGCAAGCCACAGCAGUACAAGAUGGCGCGCUACUGCGAGGAGAUCUUUGGAGAUUUCCUCCUCAAGGAGCCGCUUGAAGGACACCCGCUGGAGCCGGGGCGACCUCUGCCCUCGCCCAACGACCUCCGUUACAAAAUCCUCAUCAAGAACAAGCGCCUGCGGCCUGAGGUGGAGUCCAAGCAGUUGGAGGCGUUCUGCCUGUUGACGGAGGGAGACCCCAUGGCUCAGGCUAGCAUCCUGGAGGAGGAGGCGGAGGAUGAGGGAGAGACCGUCGAGCCGGAGGAUGAGGCCCACCCCGAGCUGAAGUUUGGCGCGGAGUUGACGGUGGUGGCGGCCGCGGUGGUGGAGGCAGCAGCGGCGGCGGCGAUCGUCAAGGAACGCUCCAGCAGCAGCCUGAGCAGCAGCAAGUCGGUGAUCCUCCGUAAGGUCAUGGAGGAGGCGGAUCACGAGAAGAAGGCCUGCGUGUCGGUGGAGGACGAGCAGGCCUUCAUCUCCACCUACAAGUACGUGGGUGGCACCACCAAGAUCCACCCCUACCUGUCGGCCAUGGUCAACUACGCACAGCCCGUCAAGUUCCAGGGCUUCGACGUUGCCGAGGAGCGGAACAUCCACCACAACAUGUCGUCGUUCAGCGAGUCGGUGGGGCUCGGCUACCUCAAGACUCACCCCAUUGAGUUCGUCAACUACAACAAGCGGCAGAUGAGUCGCAUCUACCCCAAGGGAGGCCGUGUCGACUCCUCCAACUACAUGCCGCAGAUCUUCUGGAACGCCGGCUGCCAGAUGGUGUCGCUCAACUUCCAGAGCCCCGACCUGGCCAUGCAGCUGAACCAGGGAAAGUUUGAGUACAAUGGCUCCUGCGGGUUUCUACUGAAGCCGGACUUCAUGCGCCGCCCCGACCGCACCUUCGACCCGUUCUCUGAGACGCCGGUGGACGGCGUCAUCGCCGCCACGUGCUCCGUGCAGAUCAUCUCGGGACAGUUCCUGUCGGACAAGAAGGUGGGCACGUACGUGGAGGUGGACAUGUACGGCCUGCCCACGGACACCAUCCGCAAGGAGUUCCGAACACGCAUGGUCCUCAACAACGGCCUCAACCCGGCCUACAGCGAGGAGCCGUUCGUCUUCCGCAAGGUGAUCCUGCCGGACCUGGCGGUGCUGCGGAUCGCCGUGUAUGACGAGAACAACAAGCUCAUCGGGCAGCGCAUCCUGCCGCUGGACGGCCUGCAGACGGGCUACCGGCACAUCUCCCUCCGCAACGAGGGCAACAAGCACCUCUCCUUGCCCACCGUCUUCUGCGACAUCGUCCUCAAGACUUACGUCCCCGACGGGCUGGGAGAUUUCGUGGAUGCGCUGUCCGACCCAAAGAAGUACCUCUCGCUGGCUGAGAAGCGGGCCAACCAGAUGAAAGCGAUGGGCAUCGAGGCGAGUGACAUCCUGGACAUACCGAGCGGCGGCACGCUGAGGAGCGACAGCCGCGGCGGCGUCACGCCCGUGCGGGCGAGCGUCACGCCACAGAGCAGCUCCGAGCUGAAGCACUCAGCCUCGUCCUACUACUGCGAGCAGAACAGCCAUGGCACGGAGCGCAAGAGAGACACGGUGGUCAUCAUCCCACAGUUCACCAUCGAAGACUUGAAGAGGAUGAAGGGUUACCUGAAGCUCCUGCGGAAGCAGCAGAAGGAGCUGGUGUGCUUGAAAAGAAAACAGGCGAAGGAGCAGUACGCGGUGCAGCGCGCUCACUGCCAGCAGGUGGACAAGCUGGUGGCUCAGCACGACAAAGAGAAGAUGGGACUGGCCAAGGGGCUGGAGAAAGCUGUGCGGAAGCGUGGGGAGAGGAAGUGCGCCGACCUGAAGAAGGAAAUGGAACUGAAGACUCAGGUGUUGAUAUCAGAGCACAAGCAGAAGGUGAAGGAGAUGGUGGGGCUGCAGACGAAGGAGUGGUCGGAGUUGAUAUCGCGCCACGUGCAGGAAGAGCAGGAGCUGCGUGACGGACAGGUCGACGAGCAGUACGAGCUGCUCAAGAAGCUGCUGCUGGGGUCCCACGAGUUGCAGAGCGCACAGCUCAAGAUGGUCCAUGACAGGCUGUGCAAGGAGAUGCGAGCCAACCAGACGAAGACCUCCAUGGAGCACAGCAAGGCCAUCAGCCAGGACAAGAGCAUCAAGAACAAGGCUGAGCGUGACAGGCGUGUACGUGAACUUAACAGCAACAACACCAAGAAGUUCCUGGAAGAGCGCAAGCGGCUGGCGAUGAGACAGAGCAAGGAGGUGGAGCAGUUGAGGAAGAGCCAGCUGGAGCAGAUGGAGGCCCUGGACAGGGACAAGGAGCAGGCGCAGGAGAUGCGGCAGAUGUACCGACUGGAAACCCAGAUGGGCCAGCGACCGGCCACCGUGGUGUGACGAGCAGGGACCUCGGGUCUCCACGGGACACGUGCGCGGGAGACGCAGGGAGACGAACGCACGCAUCUCUCAAACUCAUUGCCCUCGACCAGCAGAGACGACAAUAACACACACCCCACUACAAAGAGAAAGAUUCCCCCCCCCCCAUAUAGCCUUAACAGACUGUUGGGGCGAGUGCUGUGAUCGCAACAUACACACACACACUAUUGCCCAGCGAGAAAAUACCCAAAUAAACAAAAUAUAAUGUAACAAAUAAAAAUGUAGUAGAGACAACAACUCAUGCACAUUCACCUGACCUCACCGCUACACGCACACACACACAUGCACUCACGACUAACGCACACAGCCAUCACUCAGCCAGCGUAAGUGAGACAACCCACACUGAAACACUGUGCCCUUAUUUAAAUGCUAUUUUUAUUUAAAUGCUAUUUUUAUUUAAAUGCUAUUUUUAUUUAAAUGCUAUUUUUAGCUACAGCAGCUGAGUUUAUAUCUCUUUAGACCUAACGUGAGCCGCACUUCACAGCAGGGUUGGAGACCUGGCCGAGGGGACUUCAAUCACUCGUGUGCCCCCCCCCCCCCCCCCCCCCCUGCACAGAGUUCGUCCACUCUCCCACCCGGCGGAUCCGUGCACGGAUCUUAUUUUAUUUUUUGCUGGUGCGACACCUAGUUCAUGCGUCCCAUCCCAGAUGCCACCAGUCACCGCUUGUCCAUAGGCCUCUGCAAUCACUCCUGGCUAUGGGCAUGGAAAUUCGACUUUUUUGAGAGAGGCUAGAGGGUGUGCCACGCACCGUUGUGCCCCCACCGCCCCCGCCUCAAUAAAGCAACCUUCCCUGGC